AUGGGCCGGAACACGGUGAAAACCGAUGAACUUUCCCGGCUGGUCGGCACGAAUUUCACACACGUGCAAAAUACAUGUGGUUCACAGCAAGCAUGGCUACCCGGCCGGCCCGAGUCUUUCGACGUACUGGUCACUGGUUGGCGAUGGUUUCUCUGACAAACUCGGCUCCGUAAACAACUGGCCAAGUUAUCCACGUGUUGAAGUACAAAGAUUAAAUGGAGGCGGCGGUGGUGGUGGUGAUUGCUACAACUGUGGUGGAAAAGGGCAUAUGGCCAAAGAUUGUACCAACAGGAGAGAACAGAAAUGUUUCGGCUGUGGCGAACCAGGGCACGUGAAGCGUAAUUGCCCCACUAUGAACGAAUCCGGUGGAGGGAGUUACGGCAAUUCAAAAGAAUGUUACAACUGUGGCGAAGUAGGUCACAUCAGCCGAGACUGCAGCUUACCAAAGCAAGGUUCAGGUAACAAAAAUAUAGUGUGUUACAACUGUAACAGAACUGGUCAUUUUGCUCGGGAGUGCGAAUCUGCCCAAGGUGGUGGUGGUGGUGGUGGUCAUGGUGGUAGCAGCGGCAAGUGCUAUCGGUGUGGAAUAGUUGGGCAUAUGGCCCGUGACUGUACAAGUGAAGAGGGUACCGGUGGCAGUGGAGGCGGUGGCGGCGGCGGCAACUGCUAUCGGUGUGGAAAGCCUGGGCAUAUGGCCCGUGCCUGUCCAGAUGAAGAGGAUUAGAGUGUCCAUUCCAGACCUUUAGAACGACGUUCGUCCACAUAGGAAUUGGUCGUAUAGAGGUGACUUAGGCUUGCUCCCAAGACUGGGCCAUGUUGAGUUCAUAAAAAUAUAGUAGAAUGGAAACUGGUGUGGCCUGCUGCCAUUAUCAGACGAUUACCAAAAUUGCGUUUGUUUCAUCAUUAAACUUGUAGUCUGAAUAUACCAUCUUGGCACAGAUACGAACUUGUGUCGGAUGCAAUAUAAGAGCAUGGUAAAAACAUUGAACUAUUGUUGUCUCGCAGGAGAUGACACAAAAUAUUGUAAAUUGAGAAGAUUCUAGGAGGCGAAGUGAGUUGGUUUGGAGGUUGCUACAUUGGUAAAAGCACAUUUGAACUAUACUAAAGGUCAUGAGUAAUAUUGAUUGGUGGAGAUUUUGUAAAUGAGUUGGUUUAUCUGGAAAUUAGAGUCAUUAACUGCCAUUCAAAUUUCUUUUGUAUUCAUGGUCUUUUGUGCUUUCCACUCCCUUAUAUCAUAUUUGAAGAGUACAUGAUUGUGUGUUCAUGUAUAUUUUUUUACUGGAUUGACGCGCGAGAGGUGUAAAAGUACAUAUCUUCUGUAAUAUAAGGUAAACACUUUUCUAUGGAAAUAUGUAGUCGUUGUAAGGAAGUAAAUUUGCCAUAUUCACUUUUUUACUGCCAUUUAUCUUGUUCAAGACGGAGUGAGCGAACAGAUUCAGGCAACUGAAAUUAUUCAGAUUGGUUGAUGGUUGUUGCCCAGCCAUCAUGGCCAUGGUUCGCUUAAAAAAAAUUGUAUUAAAUGUUGGAAAACGGUAGCAGAGUUAUGGAUUAAAAGUAUCAAUAUUCAUUCAAUAUUCUA